AUGAAAGUUAGAGACGAGGAUCGAGAGACCAGUUUCCGGUACACUGAUGUGCUUCCCGACCUCAUAGAAGACACCUUACAAAAUUUCAGCCAGUUCCACAAACAGGAAUACUCUUCGGUAGUCAAGAGCGAAGAGAGUCUGCAAUGUAGACCCAAGUUUCGAGCCUGGUGUCAAACCCGACGCUGUCAACUCUGGCGUCUUCUCCUACUGCCUUUCAUACCAAUUCUGGCCCUGAUCGUUCAGACAACACUAUCGCUCAAGAACAGUCUCACUAAUGGAUUGGAGGUUGCUGAUGUUGAAGAACAGGUUAGCAGAGCAACUGAGUUGGGAAAGUUGGUGACGAGAUUGCAGCAAGAGAGAUCUGAAGUUGCGUUCUUCAUCUUCACCAAUGGAAGUACAUUAAGAUCGAACCUUACACAGCGCUUUGAGGCGACAGACAACGCGCUCCUACAAAUGGGCGACUUACCACCUCUUAUGUUCAAGAACAGACUGAAACCGAUAGAUGGCGCAGCAUUUUUACAGGAAUUGUCAGAACUAAGAGCGAGCAUAAACCCCAGCACCCCUAUGUCGGAAGUGGUGGAGUGGUACACAAGUGCUAAUGCAGUAUUUUUAGCACAUCUAACAAAGGAGAUUAAGGAUACCGAUAGUAGCACAAUUUGGAGGUAUUUAGUGGGCUUCAAGAACCUCCUUCGAAGUAUAGAGUGCAAGGGCAUAGGAUCAGUUCUUGGGAUUAACUACUUCGCACGUGGCUAUCUUCAGGGCAGAGCUCAUGAGAGGUAUAUAGCUCACAUGGUGCUAGGCCGUGAUCUCUUGGACAAUACUCUUAAUCUGGUGCCUUCAUUGAUACCUCUCCACAAGGAUAUUAAGGAAGAUAGUCCAGAAUACAAAGUAUUAGAGAAAAAGAAUCAACAAAUAGUUGACAAUAAACAUCAACCGGGCAGUGUAUCGGAUGCGAUCGAAUAUUUCGACCAAACGGCAACUUUACUAGGAAAACUAAGAGCGGUUCAGAAACAACUAAGAGAGUAUAUAAGAGAUGGCGUGAACGAGAACCUGCGCGAAGCGAGGCAAAGUGAGGCUGUGUGCGCAGCCAUACUUGUAUUGGUGUGUGUGAUAUCUCCUAUCAUCAUAGUCCUUGUUCGGAAUGCUGUUAAUACAAUACAGGUUUAUGCUCGCAAUUUGUCAGAGAAGGCAACAGAACUAGAAUAUGAGAAGGAGUUGAGCGAUUCUCUCCUCUAUCAGAUGCUGCCUGCUAGUGUCGCGAAACAGCUGAAGCAAACACAACAGGUCCCAGCUGAAUUCUUCGCUUCGGUAACUGUAUACUUCAGCGAUAUUGUUGGUUUCACAGCAAUUGCAGCUGUGUCGACGCCCUAUCAGGUGAUUAGCUUUUUGAACUCUGUGUACAAACUCUUCGAUGAAAGAAUUGAAUGUUACGACGUGUAUAAGAUAGAAACAAUUGGUGAUUCGUAUAUGGUCGCAUCUGGACUACCCGUGAGAAAUGGCAACAGACACGCAACGGAAAUAGCUAGUAUGGCUUUAGAAUUACUUGAAGCAACGUCAAUGUGUAGACUUCCUCACCGCCCUGAUCAGAUGUUGUGUAUGAGAAGUGGGAUCCAUACGGGUCCAUGCGUCGCGGGUAUCGUCGGGACCAAGAUGCCAAGAUAUUGCCUGUUUGGGGACACCAUCAACACUGCCAGCCGUAUGGAAAGUACUGGCGAACCAAUGAAGAUACAGAUAUCGGAAGACGUGAAACGUGCUUUGGACAGAACCGGACUUUUUGUAACCAGCCCCAGAGGAAUGAUAGACGUUAAGGGUAAAGGCGAAAUGAUGACUCACUGGUUGGAAGGACGAACGGGGCCUUCGCCAGCCCGUCCGACAGCAGCCCUGGACUGCACACCCAGCUUCCUCACCCGGAUCCACUCCCAUGGGCGAGCCUCGCCACGCUACCAGCCUGACAUACGAUCUUAA